ACACGCUUUGUAAGUUAUACAAGGGCGUAAGUGAUGCUCCUAAUCACCUUCAUAUGUUUAAUCCCGCUUGUCGCGGCUGACUCUACGCAGCCAUCUCUACAAGAUGUCAUUGAGCGACUUAUGGUGGUUGAAAAUAGGCUGAAGGAAAGUGAAAAGGAAAUUUUCCUUCUCCGCGAAACUACAACUUUCCAGGAAGAGCUGAUUAAGAAACAAGAAAUCAGAAUAAACAAACAGGACGGACAUAUAAACAAUCAACAACUAAAGAUACACGCUUUAGCGGAAGAGGUCGCCGGUCUUAAAGCUGUCACUGAUGUCAACAGGAAUGACAUCACGUCCAACAAUCGAGAGAUAAAAGGACUUCGGAGACAGAUCUAUGUUGCAAAUGAAAAGAAUGACAAGAAGAAGAAACAUUUGACAGAAAAUACAAUAAGUUCAUUUGCAAGGGACAACAGUGAUAUUUCGGGAAAAUUUCCAAGACAAACAAUAGGUGGUGGAAUCGCAUUUACGGCGUUCUUGGACCACGAUGGUGAUUAUGGAGCUGGUCAAAUCAUUACAUUUAACAAGAUAAUCACCAACGACGGAAACGGCUAUAACAUGCAUACCGGUGUAUUCACCUGCCCCGAGGAAGGAAUGUAUUUAUUUACUUUCUUUGUUGGUGAAAGAGGUGAAAUGGAUGGUGUAACACAAAUCUAUGCAGACCUGAUAAUAAACAGCAAUAACAUAAUCGACGCUUUCGCAGAGACAAGGCACUACCAGGAGGAUGCCCAAGGCGGCAAUGCCGUGGUAAUCAGGUUAAAGCUGGGUGAUUCGGUCUGGGUAAGAAGCAGAAUCGCCGGUCAUCACAUUGAGGGCAAUACAGCACGCACCACUUCAUUUACCGGUGUGUACUUGUAUCCGUAAAAUUGAAUGGAGGACAACUGCAUUAAAAUGACAAUUACAUAUU